AUGAUUAUAUUACUGAUGGGUGUUGCUGGCUGUGGCAAAACGCUGAUCGGCAAUAAGCUGGCUGUGAAGCUCGGGGUACGUUUCAUCGACGGGGACGAUUAUCACUCGGCGGAGAACGUGGCAAAAAUGCAACAGGGUUUACCGUUGACGGAUGAAGACCGUCAGCAAUGGCUGAUAUUGCUAGCAUCCAAGUUAGCCUCCCACUACAAGGACGAAAGCUCUGUGGUGAUGGCCUGUUCCGCCUUGAAACGGUCUUACAGGAAGAUAUUGGCCAGUCGAUGUCCGUCGGUUUGCUUCAUCUUGCUCAAGGUGCCGUUUGACGUCGUCAGAGACCGCAUACAAAAACGCAAAGAUCAUUUUUUCCCAGAAAAGCUGUUGCAAAGCCAAUUCGACACGCUGGAGAUACCGACGGCGGACGAGUGCACGAUGGAAAUCGACGGGACAUUGGAACCCGACGAAAUUGUCAAACAGAUUAUUACCCUCGCGUAUGACAGAGACUUGUUGAAAAGAGAUAUUGAUGGAUAUUUUAGUAUAUGA